AUGUCAUGUGAUUUUCGUGGAAAUGAUCUGUCUAAUGCCCGAACAUCAGGAGAAGUUUGUAGUAAAAAAUGUUCUGAAACUCAAGGAUGUACUCAUUUUGCAUGGAAUCAGUAUAACGGUGGUACUUGUUGGAUGAAAUCAGGUGCUGUUUCCAAAAAUGAUGCUUUCUCAACCAAUGAUCCAAAUAUGGCCUGCGGCGUAAUAGAAAACAGCAAUUCUGAAUGGGUUCGCGUAUGGGAAGAUAAUUUUGAUUGGAAUGGUGGUGUCGAUCCUAAUAGAUGGGAGUUUGAUGUCGGUGGAGGUGGCUGGGGUAAUAAUGAACAACAAUAUUAUACAAAUAAUCGAUUGGAAAAUGCACGUUGUGAACUAUUUCCCGGUAGUAGAAAUGGUCGUUUGAUUGUUGAAGCACGUCGAGAAAACAUGGAAAAUAGACAGUAUACUUCAGCUCGUCUCAAGAGCAAGGUUAAAUGGACAUAUGGUCGUUUACAAAUUCGUGCUAAAUUACCUGAUGGUCGUGGUCUAUGGCCAGCUCUUUGGAUGUUGCCGGAAAAGUCCACACACAGUCAUAAAUAUUGGCCAGAUAAUGGUGAAAUCGAUUUGAUGGAACAAGUUGGUUAUGAUCCAUUGCGUAUUGUCUCAACUGUACACACACAAGCAUAUAAUCACAUGAGAGGCAAUCAUCCAAGUAAUUCUAUAAUUGUCAAUGAUGCUGUUUCAAAUUUUAAAAUUUAUACACUUGAUUGGAAUGUGAAUAAAAUUGAAAUGUUUGUCGGAGAUGAUGCAAAUCCAUUUGCUAAUCGUAUCUUUGUUUGGAAUAAAAGUGGGGAUUGGAAACAAUGGCCAUUUGAUAAACCAUUCUUUAUUCUUAUCAACAUUGCUGUGGGUGGUAAUUGGGGUGGUGCACGAGGUAUCGAUAACAAUAUUUUUCCUCGUCGAAUGGAAAUUGAUUGGGUGCGUUUUUAUCAACGACGCUAA